GUAACAAAAACCUCUCUCUCUCUCUCUCUCAAUUGCAUAUCGGCACAGCUCCUAAAUCGGAAGAGAAACAGGAGAUGGCUUAUGCUGCUGUGAUUUCUCUUAAGCAAACUAUACAUCACCUCCUAAAUUCUUCUCAUAUUUCCAUCCACUCUCCUAGUCGAGAAACCUUACAAGCUGCAUACAAACAGCUCACAUCCUUACAAGAGGCGCUCACACGAUCCGACGACGACACCAGCAGCACUAGGAGAAACAGAUUGAACGCCAUCGACACACAAAUCAGAGAGGCCGUUCAUCAAUUACAAGACUCACUCGAAUCCCAUGCCUCACACCACUUUCAACACCCAGCACUUCCUCCUCUACACUUAGAGUUCACAUCGCAGGAAAUCAUUUCCUUCGCUCAAGCAGCGAACAAGAUGGAGAAGGCCUACGUUCAAGAGCUACAAAACCCUAAUUUCCAAGAUGAUGAUCGCGAUUCAGCUGCAACUCUUCCUAUUCAUAAUUCUGCUGUGAAGAUGGUCGGACUAUCCGAUGCAAUCGCCGACAUCAAAGAUCACGUGCUCAGAAUCCUACGCCCAGACUACUACGGCGUUUUCACCUUCUUCGGCGACGCCGGCAACGGCAGAUCCAUCGUGGCGAGGGGCGUCUACGACGACGUAUACGUCGGCGGAGAACGCGCCUUCGACUGCGGCGCGUGGGUGAGGAUCGGCUCCACGUAUCAACUCAAACAAAUCCUUCUCAACAUCAUUGCUCAAAUAAAUAAAAUUGAUCGCGAAUACCUCAGUUCAGAGGGAGAAGAGGAGUUAGGCGAGCAUCUGUGCGCGAGUCUGAGGGGGAGAAGAUACAUCGUCGUUUUGGACGACGUGCGCGACGCGGAGAUCCUGGGGCGGUUGAGAAGGUCGUUGCCGGAGCAGAACAACGGGAGCAUAGUGUUCCUGACGACCGGCGUGAGUGAAGUGGCUGAAUUGGAUGAGGGUUUUUUCCGAUAUGAUAUACCAGUGGUGUUGAGCGAGAUGAUCAGCUGGAGGUGUAUUGGAUCGUUGAUCAAGAGCCGCGGAUGGUUGAUUUCGCCGGAAUUUGAGAAGGCCGGGAAGAAGAUCGCAAAGAACUGUCGAGGUUUCCGGCUUGUGGUGGCCAAGGUUAUGGUGGCGCUGCUGAGAUCGGAGAAGACGCUCAACCUGUGGAGGAAGCUGGCCGCGGAUAUUGAUGAUCCCGUUUUCACGGUUGAUGAUGAAAUAUCGGAGGCAAUUGAAAUCAAGAGAUAUUUGCAUGAGGACAAUGUAAGAGAGGCCGAUUUUCUAUUUGACUUGUCAACUUUGAUUAACAAAGUUAAGGAGAAUCUUUAUCCGAAAAGAUUAUUCCCCCCAAUGGGAAUCAUGACGGUCUAUGGAAUGGCUGGAGUUGGUAAGACUACUCUUGUUAGGCAUAUUUUUCAAGAUUCUUCUAUUUUGGAUAGUUUCGACCACCGCGCAUGGGUUAAUAUAGGUCCCAAGUAUCAAUCAAAAGAGAUCUUGAUCGAUAUUCUAGCUCAAAUAUAUCCUCACAUUAGUAAAACAAAUAUAAAAAAAGAUGUAAAGUUAGUCAAGAAUUUAUAUGCACAGUUGUCCCAAAAGAAAUGUCUCAUUGUGCUAGAUGAUUUAUGGAGCCAAGAGCCCGUGCAUUUCUUGAAAAAGUUCAUGCCAAAUAUCAAGGGAGAACUCGUGGUUACGACUAGGCUGUUUAAAGUAGGGAUUUUUGGACCUUGUGAUAGGGCUUAUAAAUUGCGGUUGUUGAACAAGGAAGAAAGUUGGGAUCUUCUUCGUGAGAAGGUGUUUGUUAGGGAGCGGUGCCCUUCUCAACUUGUGAAACCCGGAAAAAAGAUUGCAGAGAAUUGUGAAGGUCUUCCUCUUCUGAUUCUCGCAGUUGCUGAUCUUCUAUCGAGAUCCCAGAAAACCCUAGAGUAUUGGAACAAGGUGGCGGAGAAGAAAAAUCCGGAUGUGAUGAAUGCACAAAGUGAAAUAGCAAAAGGGUUGCUUCAUAGUUUCGAGACUCAACCUCAACAUCUAAAAGCGUGCUUUCUUUAUAUGGGAGUUUUUCCACAGAAUCAUGAGAUCCCCACAUCCACACUCAUGAAGCUGUGGUUUGCUGAUGGAUUUCUUGAACCAAAUCCGUCACAAGCUGUAGAAGAUUUUGCUUCAAAAUGCUUGAAUGAGCUUGUUGAGAGAAGCAUGGUUAUGGUGAAGCAGGGGUCUGAUUUGAAAACUAAUAAGACUUGUUGUCUCCACUUCUGUCUAUUGGCAUCUAUCUUGCCAUGCUGCUAUGAAGAACAAGUUUUUCCAUGCCUUGGAUGCUUAUGUUGAUAGUUCAUCCGAAAGUAUGAAGGGACAACGCAGAUUAUGCAUUCGCAAAAGCAUUUUAUUCGGAAUCAAAGAUGUAUAUAAUGCAAUGGCGUCUGCUUCUACUUCACGUGCUUUGCUAUGUACCGGUCCGCCUCAUCAAUAUCCGGUUCCGUUGUGUUUUGGUUCAAGAUUGCUUAAGGUUCUAGAAGCUUUAGAAAUCCGUUUAUACGAAUUUCCAGUUGAAGUAUUAAAGCAAAUUCAUCUAAGGUACAUUGCCCUCACUUGUGAUGGAGAGCUCCCAUCUUCCAUAUCCAAACUUUGGAGUCUUCAGUUCUUGAUUAUUAGAAAAUAUUUGAGUAUAAAAAACUCUAGCAAUUCUUCAUAUUUGCCAAAGGAAAUUUGGGAUAUGAAGGAACUGAAGCAUCUUCAGGUUUCAGGAAGUAAGCUCCCUGAUCCUAGUUGUGGGGCCCUUUUGCUUAACCUGACAUCACUCUUGGAUGUGAGUGUUCAUUGCUGUACAAAGAAGGUUCUGGAAGGAAUUCCUAACUUGAAGAAGUUGGGCAUUCAAAUUGAGUUGGAGCCAGAUGACAAGAGCAAUCCAUUUCACAACUUGAAUUUCAUUGCCUGUAUAGGCAAACUGGAAUCACUUAAAUGUGUGGUUGUGAAUCCUGAGCUUGGGCCGGAGUUCAUUGCCCCACCGACUCCUCAUUCCAUCUUUCCUUUGAGCCUAAAGAAGUUGUGCUUAAGUGGGCUCGGAUAUCCUUGGGAGUACAUGAGUAUAAUCGGUGAACUACCAAAUCUUGAGGUGUUGAAACUGCGGUGCUAUGCUUUUCAAGGCACGUUUUGGGAAAUCGGUUAUAAAGAAUUUCCAAAACUAAAGUAUCUUUCAAUUGAAGAUACUGAUCUAGUGCGUUGGGAUAUCAUGAUGCCAAGUAUCUACCACCUUAAACAUCUUAGCAUCAAACACUGCUACAAUUUGGAGCAAUUUCCUUCUUCUCUACCUGACCUCGUUGAAAUGUUCGAAGUAAUUGACAGUCAUCCUUCAGUUGUGAAUUGGGCAAAGCAGAUGAAGGAUGAGAAUUGGAAGAUAAGAAAGAUGAAAGCUCUUAAAAUUCAUGUUCAGUCUUCAUGGAAUGAUGACAACUAAAAAUGUUGACCUGCGUCGAUGGAGGGAAUGUUAAUGUUCGAUUUUGUUUUGGAAUGUUUCAUGUUUUAUUAUAAUUGUUGGGUUGUAUUAACGAGUAUUUUGAUGUCUUAAUUAGUUAAUUUCCAUUUAA